GUGUCCACCAAUGCAAGAUAAUGCAAGCUUAUGUAGCAGGCGUUCUCCUGUGCGGAGUGUCAGCUGCGCUGGCAUCAGUCAACAUCUCUGAGGGGAAGUCAAACUGCCCGCUGGGAUAUUUUCCUUGUGGAAAUCUGAGUACAUGUCUGCCUCAGCUGCUCCAUUGCAAUGGAGAGGAUGACUGUGGGAACCAGGCCGAUGAAGAAAACUGCGGAGACAACAAUGGAUGGCCCCAUCUUUUUGACAAAUAUUUUGGCAUCCUCAACAAUGACUUUGGAGCCAAGUCAAACAAAUGCUUGCUUGGGGCAGUUCCAGAUAAGUGUCUCUGCAGAGACCUGGAACUGGACUGUGACAGUGCUCAGCUCCAAGACAUCCCCUCCGUGUCAACAAAUGUCACUAUGAUGUCUCUGCAACGAAACAGACUGAGGAAGCUGAACGCCGACAUAUUCUAUGAUUACCAGAACCUUCAAAAACUAUAUCUUCAACACAACAGGAUACGAGUUGUGAACCCAAAUGCUUUCCGAGGACUGUAUAACCUAACAAGACUAUAUUUAAGCUACAAUAAGAUCACCAUUCUGAAGCCAGGAGUGUUCCGGGACCUUCAUCAGCUGGAGUGGCUAAUUCUGGAAAACAACAAAAUCAGCCAAAUUUCAUCCAUGACCUUUUUGGGGUUACGCUCCCUUGUGCUUCUGGUUUUGCUCAAUAAUUCUCUCAGUCAACUAGAUGACAUCUGCCUGGAGAUGUCAAGAUUGAACUGGCUUGACUUGGAGGGUAACCGGAUUGAGGCAGUUGGAAAUGUGACGUUCGGCUCCUGCAACAUGCUGACUGUACUAGUCCUGCAGCGGAACAGAAUCAGUCACUUACAUAAACAUGCGUUCUCACCGUUACAGAAACUUGGGGAACUAGAUUUAUCCAACAACAAAAUUCAAAGAAUCCCAAAGGAUUUAUUUGUAGAUCUUGGCGAGCUACUACAGCUGAAUAUUUCCUAUAACCCCAUUGUUGAAUUCCAGAUGGACCACUUUGAUAACCUACAUAAAUUAAAGUCUUUAAGCAUAGAGGGGAUCGAGAUUGGGAACAUCCAGAGAAGAAUGUUUGAGCCUCUGAAAAACCUGACACACAUAUACUUCAAAAAGUUCCAGUACUGUGGAUACGCCCCUCAUGUGCGCAGCUGCAAGCCCAACACGGACGGCAUCUCCUCCCUGGAGGACCUGCUGGCCAACAUCGUGCUGAGGGUCUUCGUCUGGGUAGUAUCGGCCACCACCUGCUUCGGGAAUAUCUUCGUCAUCGCCAUGAGGUCUUACAUCAGAUCUGAGAACAAGCUGCAUGCCAUGUGCAUCAUAUCCCUUUGUUGUGCUGACGGUUUAAUGGGUGUCUACCUGUUCGUGAUCGGGGCGUUUGACCUGAAGUUCCGGGGCGAGUAUAACCACCACGCCCAGGCCUGGAUGGACAGCGCCGAGUGCCAGGUGGUGGGGGCGCUGGCCAUGCUGUCCACCGAGGUGUCCGUCAUGCUGCUCACGUACCUGACCCUGGAGAAGUACGUCUGCAUCGUCUACCCGUUCCAGUACAUCGCCCCGAGGAGGGGCCGCACCGUCAGCGUCCUCGUCAGCAUAUGGGUCCUGGGGUUCACCAUCGCCUUCUUCCCCCUCCUCGGCAAGGGCCUCUUCCGGAACUUCUACGGCACCAACGGCGUGUGCUUCCCGCUGCACUCCGAGCAGCCAGAGACCAUGGGGGCGCAGGUCUACUCCAUCGUUAUUUUCCUUGGCCUGAACUUGGUAGCCUUUCUCAUAAUCGUCAUAUCCUAUGGGAGCAUGUUCUACAACAUACAGAGGACUGGAACCCGUGCCAAGGAGUACAGUAAUCACAUCAAGAAGGAGGUGACCAUUGCCAAGCGGUUCUUCUCCAUUGUCAUCACUGACUCGCUCUGCUGGAUACCCAUCUUUGUUCUUAAGAUUUUAUCUUUGAUGCAGGUGGAAAUACCAGGUACUAUCAGCUCCUGGGUGGUGAUAUUCAUUCUCCCAAUCAACAGCGCGCUCAACCCCAUCCUCUACACGCUGACAACACGCCCUUUUAAGGAGACCAUUCUCCAAGUGUGGGACAACUACAGACAGAGGAGGUCUCUCUCCAGCAUUCAGCAGUCUGCGUACACGCCGUCCUUUACCUGGCUGGAGAUGUGGCCCCAACAGGACCCCGCGCAGGCUGAAAUAUCAUGCACUUUGGGGAAAUCGCAUCUGCUCCCCAUGGAAAGCACAAACGGAACAUGA